CGAGCAGCUGUGUAUUCCACAGUGCACAUUCGGUUUCCGUUCGAUACGUAUCCUCGCCCGUUUUACUACAUUAUUCUAUAUUAUUCUAUAUCAUUUUCCGCGUUUUUUUCGUUACCACGUCCGUGCUCUCAAAUCAUUGAAACAGCAAACGAAAAAAAAACUUGCGCGCGCGCAUUUACGCAAUCAAACCAAAAAUAUUGAAUAAACGAAAACGACUUUUUAAAAGGAAAAAAACGGUUUUUCUAAAAUGGCCACGAGCCGAAUCGGUUAAAAGGAUUUUUUUACCACCAUGCCUAGUAGAAGAUGGAUCUUUUCCGGCUGACAUAUGCCGGCGUUACUUUUCUUAUCCUGGUACUUGUGACACCAACAAUCGUCAUAAGUCACAACAGGCAUGGUAGAAUAACGACGGGAUGUAACAAAAAUGGCACAAAUGUUUGGUGCUACAAGCACCAAGCAGCCACAGAAAACGAUUUUUUAAAUGUAGAACAUAUGAAGCAUCUAUCCUGGACGGAAAGUAAUCUAACUGAUUUGAAUCGAUCUAUUAAAAAUGGUGAAAAUUUAGAAAGUUUGAACGUUUCGAGUAACGAAAUCGUUUUGCGUAACGAUACAUUAAAAAAUUUUGCAACUUUAAAAAUUCUCGAUGUUUCAUACAAUAAAAUCAACGAUCUUCCGCGCCACGUUUUUUCGAAUCUCUUUUUAACUCAUCUCGAUUUAUCACACAACGAGCUCCGAGUGAUGCCCUUCCAAGUAUUCCACCCGCUAAGAGAUUUAAAAAUUCUCGACAUCUCUUACAAUUACAUCGUUACAAUUCUAGAUCAUUUCUUCAAAUUCAACAAGUACAUCGAAGAGCUUUACUUGAAUAACAACAAAAUAGCGAAACUUACUUCAAACGCACUGGAAGAUUUGAGCGAUUUGAAACGCUUGGAUCUGUCUAAUAAUUCGUUGACGUCCAUAGCGAAAGGUCUUUUCGAUUCGUUAAACAAAUUGGAAUAUUUAAAUUUGGCCGGUAACCCGAUUGUAAAUUUGGCGAGCGGAACGUUCAGGAGUCUCCAAAGUCUAACCCACCUAAAUCUGAGCGACAACAAACUCAAGCAGUUGACCUUCGGCCUGUUUCAUUUUAGUCAACGAAUAAUCUCGCUCACUUUAGACAACACUCAAAUAGAAACUAUCCAUAACACCGAACUACUCGGAUUGCCACACUUACGGCAUUUGUACAUUAGAGACAACGAGUUCCUAAAAGAAAUCGAAACGUACGUUUUUGACGAUACGCCAUUAAUCGAAACGUUAAACAUCAGCGGCAAUCAAUUGACAUUUUUACCUCUGUCAUUAUCUAACUUAACCAAAAUAAAAAAGCUAGACAUUUCCGAUAAUCAUUGGGCAUGCGAUUGUAGAAUGUUUUGGUUUGCACCUUGGGUGGAAGAAAGAAAAAAUAUAGUUGAAUUUUCCGAAUUGAGGUGCGGACCCCAUUCGUAUCCGGAUGAUAUGAUAACACCGUUACAACAUUUAAAUUGUACGGGACCUACCAUUAUGUACAAAACGCCUACGAAACAAUAUCGAUUAAAAACCAACGCUUUAUUGGAAUGUAAAUAUACGGCGAAUCCUCCACCAUCAAUCACAUGGGUGACACCGAAAAGAGAAGUUUAUCACUGGAAUCCGGAUCCAAGUAUUCCCGAUGUUUUUCGCAAACAUCCUCACGCGCAUGAUCAACACGAGAUACCGCUAAGACAGAUACCACCAAGAAUUCAAGUCUUGGACAACGGAACCUUGUACAUUCAAAACGUCACUAGAGAAGAUUGCGGUAGAUAUCGAUGUUAUGCUAGUAACCCAAUUGCAAAUACAACGCGAGAUGUUCUUCUUCAUAUUGAUCCAACCGAUUGGAAUAAUAUUCGACUUUACAGCAUUUUAGUUGGAUUUUAUUGUGCUGCUGGAUUUUUAGGAUUAACACUUUUAGUACAAUUGUUCAGAUACAUCUUAAACAAAUUGGGAAUUCUCAACAACUGCUGCAGUUUUUGCAAAAGAGAUCGAGUUUCACCGCGAGCUCGGCAAAUUUAUGCCAUGUUGGAUAACAUCGAACAGUAUAAGUCACAACAAUUAGAGAAACUACGCGAAAAUUACACUUUGCAGGUGAAUAGAAUCAAGGAUAAUUGCACUCAACAAAUGGAAUGGAUUCAGGGAAGCUACCAAACUCAAACAAAGCAUCUGAAAGAUAUCAGGGAUAUAGGAACUCAACAUUUAACGGCACUUCGAGAUCAGUAUUAUGAUCAGAUUCGUAAGGUACGCGAUUAUUCGACGAGUCAAUUGAACUGGGUGAGGGAAAACUACAUAUUCCAACGAAACAAAAUUCGGAAAUUUAGCGCGCAUAAAGUCCUUCAAUUACGCGAAACUUACAAGUAUCAACAACAGACGUUAAAUAAAGUCUUGGAGAACCUGCCAAGUCUUUAUUUUGAAAAUUGCCGAGCUGGGACGUGUGGAAAGGCGGAAUCAAUAGUUUUCGAUAUGAACGAUAUUGAAAGUUUAGACAUGUAUAUUAAAACGAAAAUCGAGAAAUUAACGGAAAUCGAGGAUCCAAUAACAUCAAGGGAGUCGGAUAUAAACCAAAGCAAAUUAUCUUUGUAUUAUACGCCUACGGAAAGGUCGAUUGCUUCGAGGCAGACGCCGGCCGGUGACGUUUUGGCCGGCGUUCAUAUUAAUUACAUCGAGAAUAAACCGGCCGCUUUCGACGUUAGGCCGUCCACGUCGAAGAACGCGGUCACCACAGAAGAUAUUCCGAAAAUAAGAGGAAACAUGGAAGAGUGCGCGACUAUUAAUAACAAAAACGAUUUCAUACAUCAAAGUGCUAGUUUACCCGAGUUAACAUCGGUGGAAAUCGCGAAGGUGGAAGGUGGCGGUCAAAAUGAAAAAUUAGAAACAACUCUAUAAGAAGAAAA